AGGCCAAUUUGACAGGUGAGCAAAUGAAACUGCCAACCAUCAGCGCCAAGACCGUGACAUAUUGUUACCUACACCUAUAGCUAAAACUCACACAUGAUCUGGAUCAUUGCCAGAUUUAAGUGAAUGAUUAGGUUCAAAUCUAGAGAAAAAUAAGCAAAAAAUAAUCCAUAAUAAUCCUUCAGUAAUUCUUGUGGACUGUUUUGAGUCCGAUGCUGAAGCUGUCAAUAGUCACUGCUUCCACCUUCUGGUUUAUGGGGGGGACUACUUGUUCCACCAAAUAAUGUUAUAAUCCUAAAAAAAAUUCCCAAUCUGCAUUAUGAUGUGGAUCAUCACAAAAAUUAAAUGGAUUGUUCCUUAGACUGAGGAGUACCUGUUGUAAAAAAUACAUUAAAAUCCAUUCAUAAGUUUCCAGUUAUCCUGUACACAAGCAAAAAAUACAAACACACACAAACUCAACUUAAAACAUAACAUCCUUGGUGGAGGUAAUAAAGCAUGUUUUAUAAGGUAAACACAUAGAGUGAAACCCUAUGAGUGCAGCAGAAAUAGAAAUUAGUUCAGCAAAAAUAGAAACAAAACUGUUUUAUUUAUUAAAGGAAUAGAAACAGCUCUUGAAAUAGAAACAUCAUUGCUCUGUCACAGUAGCUCACCAGAAAGUGCCAACAAAAACUAAACAAUGUCAUCAAUUGGCAGAAGAGGUUCUAAAUAAACUAAGCAGUCUUAUGAAAGGUGAAGGCUAGUAAGUUAUUAUUUGGAUAAAUUAUGAAUUUAAGUUGAACAUUUCUUAGCAAGUUACCCCCAUUAUGUUUCACCGCCAGUUUACAGCUCCUCCUACAAUAAUCUGUAGGUUCUACUGAGAGAAUCAUGCUGUUUCAAAGCAUUUUUUAUUCUUCUUUUUAUUAUAUACACAGCAAAAUAACAAGGUCUGGACUUUGGUGUCCUCAAUGGCAGCAGUGGCCAUGUGUACACGCCAAACGGCCCUUCCACAAUGCCUGCUACUUUUCUCAUAUGUUACUGUUUUGUACAAUGACAUGAACCAGGCAUAGUGUCAUAGUGUCUCAGUGUCUGAGAGCUUCUCAGCACUACAGGACAUCCCUGCUUAAAUCCACUCUAUCAUUCACCUGCAUUUGGACGCCCAGUUCCUCAAGCCCAGGUAAAGCUUUCACAAUAGUUGGGUAUGCUAUUCAACCAUACUAUAAACUGUGCUAUGUACUGGGUAUUAAAAUUAUAUGUUAUUCUGUUUGAACAGUUUGAUAACAACCUGCUCUAAAGCUAUAUUCUUCUGUAACUAAUCAAGUACUCAUGGUCCAAGACAAUCUGCUCUUCUACAUUGAAGACUUCCCCCUUUUCCCAAACCUGCACUAAUGUUUUAUCUAACAGAGUAAUGAACUAAUACCAUCCCCAUCCAUUACAGCCCUUUUCUCCAGAUUUUUAAUGCAUGUUUAUAGAAGCACCCUCACAUCUUGUUACUAAUUAGUAAUUUAUUAAAUGGACGUCUGCUUUCUUAUAACUAAUGUGAGUUACCAGCUGUUGAUGUCCUUUAUAUCACUAACUUGUAUAACUUAUUUUCCUCUCGAUUGCUUUUUACUGGCUCUGCAGUUGUAAAAAAAACAUCUGAUAAUGUAAGAAAUUCUUGAGAAAUUCUUUCAAUAUGCAUUUAUGCACAUAACAGCUGUGUUUCCACACAAAGCUCCACCCAUUGUCACCUCCCAGUCCCCUUCCAGAGCACCUAGAGUAUAAAUAUGCUGGAAAACCAACUCAAGUUCAGUUUUGGUGAAAAGCUGCAAACAGAAGCAGAACAAUGUCGCCUGGAGGAUGGUCAGAAAUCAUGCCCGUCGAUGAAGAGGUUUCCAUGCUUUGUAAAUGGAUGCAGAAUAUCUCAGAGGGAAAAACAAAUAAGAGUUAUGGGGAGUUUGUUGCAGUUUUAUACCGGCAUCAGAUUGUGGCAGGGGAAAACGACCUCGUCAAGGUUUGGGUUGGAGGAAACGAGUACGUUCAUCUGAUGAUCUUCCAAAGUCCUCUGCUAGAGAACACAUUUACGAUCAAGUUUUUGGGAGUGGAGGGUGACCACAAAUUGGAAGAUCCUCUUGAACCCUUUAUUAACCCCUCUGUUUAAAGUGAAAGCCUUGUUCUGCCUCUUCCAAGUGUCUGCUUGAAAGGGAAAAUGUGUUUGUGUUCUUCUUAUGAGCAAGCUUAUCACAAAAAUGUUCAACUACAAGGGUUAAGUCAAAUCUCUGUAAGACUUGAGAAUCAUCAAUAAACAUGAAUCAAUUAUUUUAUUUGUCUUAUGUUUGAGAAAAA